CUCUCUUUAUCCAUAAGUAGCUGAAGCACAGAAGUCCCCAUCAUGGAUUUUCAGCAUCGUCCUGGAGGUAAAACUGGAAGCGGAGGCGUAGCCUCUGCCUCAGAAAGUAACCGAGACCGCAGGGAGAGGCUCCGGCAGCUGGCUUUGGAAACCAUCGACAUCAACAAGGACCCUUAUUUUAUGAAAAAUCACUUGGGCUCUUAUGAAUGCAAGCUUUGCCUAACGCUGCACAACAAUGAGGGAAGUUACUUAGCCCAUACCCAGGGGAAGAAGCAUCAGACCAAUCUGGCCCGUCGAGCUGCCAAGGAAGCUAAGGAAGCCCCUGCCCAGCCCGCACCAGAAAAAGUCAAAGUGGAAGUGAAGAAAUUUGUGAAAAUCGGACGACCAGGUUAUAAAGUGACCAAACAGAGAGAUCCAGAAACAGGCCAGCAGAGCCUUCUCUUCCAGAUUGAUUAUCCGGAGAUUGCAGAAAGUAUCAUGCCUCGUCAUCGGUUCAUGUCAGCCUACGAGCAGAGGAUUGAGCCCCCUGAUAGACGCUGGCAAUACCUUUUGAUGGCAGCGGAGCCCUAUGAAACCAUAGCUUUCAAGGUGCCAAGCAGAGAAAUUGACAAAGCAGAAGGGAAGUUCUGGACCCACUGGAACAGGGAAACCAAACAGUUCUUCCUUCAAUUCCACUUCAAGAUGGAGAAGCCCCCAGCUCCCCCAAACCUCCCUCCAGGGCCCCCAACUGUGAAGCGGCCUCCUCCACCUCCACUGAUGAACGGCUUGCCCCCAAGGCCACCUCUGCCGGACUCCAUGCCGCCGCCUCCUCCGGGAGGCAUGACUCUGCCUCCUAUGCCUCCCUCUGGACCAGUGCCACCACCUCCAGUGCCACCUCAGUUGCCACCAGCACCCGGUGUACCCCCCCCUGCUCCUCUGCCACCCAUGAUGAGACCACCUCUCCCCACGGAGGGGCCAGGCACUAUCCCCCCACCGCCUCCCUCCAACUGAAGCCCCUCCUGGACUCAGUCCCGCUGGACUCCUCUAGCUCGUAUCUUUUUUAUAUGCAGAUCACAACUGAUUCAGAGAAAUAUUUCUGUUUUGUAUGCCUGUGAAUUUGACUAAAUCCUGUAGGUGCAUUAAAAGGUUUUCCAUUUUCCUUUCUCUAUGUUCUUCCUGUGUUUUGGUUAAAAAUGUUGCCAUGUGUUCACUUUCUUUAGCCCUUAGAUAUAUAAAACAUUCCCAGUCUGGUUACAUUUUGGAAAUUCUCCAAAGAGGAGGCAAAGGAUUGGAAAUCUCUAGGCACCUCAGCUCCUUCUAACUGAAUAGCUACAUCAACCUAACUCAGCUGUGUUGGCUUAACGUAUUACCUUCUUUAGACUGCUUGCUGUGUAUCCCAUAAAUCACCAGCCAGUUAAUCAGUUGCUAUUCAACUGAAGUCCUUUAUCGAGCUGUUCAUUCAGUGAUGGGGUGACUUGUCAUAGACACACAGAAAGGAUUCUGUUACUGCAUCACCAGUAAUCACAGCGGCAGGCAGAAUGGAGGGCAAGCAGAAUUUUCUAAAUCCAGUUUUCUUUUGUCUUCCUGCUGAAUUACAGUUGCAAUCGGAAGAGUAUCACUCCUGCUGCAUUGGGAAACCUCCUUUCUCCUCCUGGUGCCAGAGCACUGUACCGUAGCUCAGGUGUUGCCAGCUAAAAGCUGGAAACGUCUCUACUGAGGAAAUCAGUUUGGACUGCUUCUCGGGAGUCCUUGAAAAGUGCCAGACAAGAUUUCAUUGACAAUUUAAGAAAGAGUCAUCCUUCCCCAUUACGCAGCUGCCUAGCUCCUACCAGCUGCUUACUAGACUGUUUAUGCCAAAUGGGUUCACAAAGCGUUAGUGCUCUCAUCUGAUGGUGGCAGGGGUUUCUGGGAAUGUUUAGUCAAAAGAAAUCACCAAAGCUGCAGUGAUACAAAAUCUUAGGUUAUUAUUAUAAUUCAUUAAAUGUUGUCUGUACCAUUGUGAAGCACCUGCUGUCAUGUAUGAUUUUUAUUGUAUAUAUCCUCCCACUAGAAGACUAGUUUUGGCAAGCUUUUAGUUCUCUGUGGUUUUAUUUAUACUAAAUGUUUCCUUCAAACAAUCAUUUGGUUCCCAUUAAAAAGCAGAGGUUCUAAGAUUUC